AUUCUCGAGGAAAACCGAUGUGUUAUCGCACACAAGUGAACAUAAAUGCGGACAGUAUUCUCUCGUGUUAACUUAUAUUUCUUUUAGCAGUCUCCGGGACAACCGCAGCCACAAACAUGAACACGGAGAAGGACUUUUCUCCUCUGACGCCCAACAUCGUCAGGGCUUUGAAUGACAAACUGUACGAGAAGAGGAAAGUCGCAGCUCUGGAAAUAGAGAAGCUGGUGCGCGAGUUUGUGGCCCAAAACAACUCUACUCAGAUCAGACAUGUCAUCCAGAUCCUGGCGUCGGAGUUUGCGCUUUCCCAGCACCCCCACAGCCGUAAGGGGGGUCUCAUCGGACUGGCAGCUUGCUCCAUCGCCCUGGGCAAGGACUCAGGUCUGUAUCUGAAGGAGCUUAUUGAGCCAGUGCUCACGUGCUUUAAUGACUCAGACAGCCGCCUGCGCUACUAUGCCUGCGAGGCCCUCUAUAAUAUAGUGAAGGUGGCCAGGGGGGCUGUGCUGCCCCACUUCAACCUGCUCUUUGAUGGGCUCAGCAAGCUUGCAGCGGACCCGGACCCCAAUGUGAAAAGUGGAUCUGAACUCCUGGACAGACUGCUCAAAGACAUUGUGACAGAGAGUCACAAGUUUGACUUAGUGGCGUUUGUCCCCCUGCUCAGAGAGAGAAUUUACUCCAAUAAUCAAUAUGCUCGGCAGUUUAUUAUCUCCUGGAUUCAUGUCCUGGAGUCUGUGCCGGACAUCAACUUGUUAGACUACCUCCCCGAGAUCUUGGACGGGCUCUUCCAGAUCCUCGGAGACAACAGCAAAGAGAUCCGCAGGACGUGUGAGGUGGUGCUUGGAGAGUUUCUCAAGGAAAUUAAGAAGACGCCAUCCAGCGUGAAAUUUGCUGAGAUGGCCAACAUCCUGGUCAUCCACUGUCAGGUUGCAGAUGAAACAAAACUCACAAACGACCUGAUCCAGCUGACGGCUAUGACCUGGAUGAGAGAGUUUAUCCAGCUGGCAGGCAGAGUAGUUCUCCCCUACUCCUCUGGAAUCCUGACUGCAGUGCUGCCUUGCCUUUCCUACGACGACAGAAAGAAGAAUACCAAAGAAGCAGCCAGUGCCUGUAAUCACAGUCUGAUGAAGCUGGUGACUCCCGAGGAUGAUGAAGAUGAAGAGGAGGACAAAAGUGGAAGCACAGGGUCACCGUCCAGAGAGGACGGCCAGCCUAAGACGGAGGUGGAUGGUAAUGACAUGCUGAAUGCGUCUCAAGAAUCUGUUGGUUUCAGCAAUAUCAGCUUCUUCACUCCAGCAAAUUCUGACAGGCCUCAGGUCACUCUGGACCUGGACGGUAUUGUCCAGGUGUUGGACCGCCAUCUCCACGACUCCUCCACUGGCAUGAUGACCCGCAUCGCUGUGCUCAAAUGGCUCUACCACCUCUACAUCAAGACGCCACGCAAAAUGUUCCGCCAUACGGACAGCCUGUUUCCCAUGCUGCUGAAAACGCUGUCGGAUGAGUCGGAUGAGGUGAUACUGAAAGAUCUGGAGGUGUUAGCUGAGAUAGCAUCAUCUCCUGCUGGCCAAACGGACCAAGUCGGCUCCUGCGACAGCACCGACAACAAACUGGAGCUCAAGGUCCCAGAGGGUGCCAAGCCAGGACAGCAGCCCAAAGCAGUGGACUCGUCCCCCUCCACUCCCAGUAUGAACUCCUAUUUUUACAAGUUCAUGAUCAACCUGCUGAAGCGCUUCAGUCUGGAGAGGAAACUUCUGGAAAACAGAGGAGCUUUCAUCAUCAGGCAGCUCUGUCUGCUGCUUCACGCGGAGAACAUCUUCCACUCCAUGGCGGACAUCUUGCUAAAGGAGGAGGACCUCAAAUUUGCCUCCACUAUGGUUCAGACGCUCAACACCAUCCUGCUCACCUCGGCUGAGCUCUUCCAGUUACGAAACCAGCUGAAGGACCUGUGUACUCAGGAGAGCUGCGCUUUGUUUUACUGCCUGUAUCGCUCCUGGUGCCACAACCCCGUGGCUACCGUGUCACUCUGUUUCCUCACACAGAACUACAAACACGCCUAUGACCUCAUCCAGAAGUUUGGAGAUCUGGAGGUGACGGUAGAUUUCCUGGUUGAGGUCGACAAGUUGGUUCAACUCAUUGAAAGCCCCAUUUUCACUUACCUGCGCCUGCAGCUCCUGGACGUUGAGAACAACCCUUACCUGAUAAAGGCGCUCUACGGCCUGCUGAUGCUGCUGCCACAGAGCCAGGCCUUCCAGCUGCUCUCACAUCGCUUGCGGUGCGUGCCCAACCCAGAGCUCAUGAGGACUGUGGAUGAGUCCAAGUAUAUGGACUCUAAACAGAAAGUGGCCUCUAAACGUGCCUCUCACACUCAGAUGGAUUACAAUGAGCUGCUCCAGCAUUUUGACCACGUUCAGAGCAAACACCUGGAGGUCCGACACCAACGCUCUGGACGAGCCUCCGAUCACCCAGACAGGAAGCUAAUGUGAAGAUAUUGUGCUUCCUCUGAUCCUGUGGACAGCGAGAGGACAGUGAAGGAAAAUGUUAAAUAUAUAGAUACAUGUUGAAGCCAAAUAUCAAGUAUGAUUAAAAACUGUUUAAUCAGAGCACUGGAUAUAUACAUUGUCUUAAAACCAGUGAAUUGUUUGUAAAUCAAGAAUGUUCUGUCACAUUAACAAAAAACAUUUUAAACACAUUUAAUGGGCUUCAGGCUAUACACGUGCAAAAUAAUAGUUACUAAUUCCUGUGAAUAUUUUAGGAAUGUACAUACAAUCUCACACAGCAUUUACUACUGGUGGUGAUGUUAUACGGCCAUAUCCCGAUCAUGCUCUGUCUGCAGCGGAGAUUAUGUCCAGCUAAUUGAAAUGUUCACAUUGUUUCAAGUUAUUGUGACAUGCAUUUUAGUGUUUAAUAGCACACAUCUGUUAUUUAAUAUUCAUGUAAAUCACAAUAUUUCAUGGUGAGCAGUAAUAAUAGAGCAGCAUGUGCUCAGGGUUGCCUUAAUCUCUUGUCAGCCAAACCCACGUGUCGAGUAUUGACCCAGCUCAAAUGAGAUUUUAAACUUUGGAAGCCAUGGAUGACUGAACUCUGGCAUAAAUCCUGGGUAGGUCCAUGUUGUUGCACCUUUUGCCAUUUCUUUGUUAGUGCAGCUAAUCAAAAAAUGUUACACACCUUCAGUUUUUAAUCCCAUUUCUUUCCUUUAACCUCUUAAGAUAAUUCGUAUUUCUCUAUGUACAGUGUCUUUUUGUGUUGUGUUCUUUCGCACUUUUGUCAUUGCUGUGUGAAGAUCAAUAAAGUGGACCACAUGAUUAAAAAUA